CCUGCAUCAGAGACAAGCGCUGAAUAUUUAAGAAACGGGAAGCUGCAACAACAUCGACGACAACAUCAUGAAUCAGUAGAGACUUAUCCAUAUAUCAGAACCUCAGCGGACCCUUUUCUAAUAGCAUGUCCCGUCCCCUCUGUGCUAAUUGCCACUGCAAAGGGAUUGACUAUAUGCUUCUCUUCUUCUCCACUACUACUAGUUACACCCUAGAAUCUACGCUAUAUUUCUUCUACUAUUCUACCAGAUAGAGCCAGCGCCAAGUCCGUGAUGGUCUAUCCCAGCUCAUUCCUGACUCCAUCCAUUCGUUUUCUAUAAAGCAGUCAAUUAAUAAUAGUCACGGCGAUGUAUCUUUCCAUGACGAAAGGCGUUCUUUCGCGUGGCGCGGCUUUCGUUUGCUGUUUACUGCUACUACUUGCACCGUUCUCGAGCUGCGAGUAUGAUGCCCAAGCUCCCUUGCAGGCUGAGCCGCCCAACCCAUCGCCGGAUCCGGCUAUAGCUAAGAGAGUGGCUGUGAUUGGCGCCGGAUCCGCUGGAGCUUCUACAGCCUACUAUCUCCGCCAUUUCACCGAUUUCUUCUCUGUCCCGUUCAACAUUACCGUUUACGAGCGGGCCUCCUACGUUGGCGGUCGAUCUACCACUGUCAAUCUGUUCGAUGACCCUGCCCAUCCAAUUGAGCUAGGAGCAUCCAUAUUUGUCGAAGUGAACAAAAACCUUAUUCAAGCCUCGAAGAAAUUCGGCCUCAAAUUGAGAGAUGCAGAUUUUGGACAGCCCAAGGAAUCCGUUCAUAGCUUGGGAGUCUGGGAUGGCAAGGAAUUCGCUUUUCUCCAAACACGACGAGGCAUCUAUUGGUGGAAUGUACUCAAGCUUCUCUAUAGAUACGGCUGGGCACCUAUGAAGGCGCAGAACCUUAUGAAGGUGACAGUGAACAAAUUUUUGAAGCUAUACAAAUUCCCGUACUUCCCCUUUCAGUCCCUCUCCGACGUAGCUAUGAGCACUGGGCUUGCUGAGGCAACCUGGACUUCCGGCGCGGAAUACUUGAAAGAUAAUGGCAUAGCGGAACAGUUCUCAAGGGAGAUUAUCCAGGCUAGCACACGAGUCAAUUACGGCCAGAAUCUAGCCCUAAUCCAUGGCCUGGAGACGAUGGUAUGCAUGGCGACAGAUGGAGCUGUCGCGGUGGAAGGGGGCAAUUGGCAAAUUUUCCAGUCCAUGCUCAACGCGUCAAAGGCAACUGUGAAAUUAAACUCGCCUGUAACCAGCAUUGAGCUUUCGGACAAUAAUACCUACACGGUGACCUACCAGGACACAGAUGGCGAUGAUGACGACGGUGGUUUUUCUUUCGAGGAAGAGACAUUUGACCAUGUUGUCAUCGCCAACCCAUUUCAAUUCUCGAAUAUCUCUCUAUCACCACCACUAAAACGCCCGCUAGAUGCCCCGCGCUACGUCGACCUGCACGUCACCCUCUUUGCCUCGCCCUACAAACUCUCACCGGGGUAUUUCAAAAUGCCCGUUGGCUCUUCAGUCCCCGAAGUUGUUCUCACCACCCUACCCGCGGAUGUCAAACUAGGCGCGCGCAUUGAUGGUGUUGGCCCGGCUCAAUUCUGGAGUAUCAGCACACUCGAGAAAGUGCAGGUACCAGACACUUCCCGCCACGAUGGUAUUCCAGGUGGCGCGCAUUAUGUAUACAAGGUCUUCUCUCCGAAGUCGCUGAAGGCAAGUUUCGUGUCUGACAUUCUCGGAAUCGAAGAAGCACGUGUGCUCGACAACAACAACAGUAGCAGCAAUGAAAUCAGUUACAGUGCCGACCAGCGCAUAGCGGACAUCUCCAAGUCGCACAUCAGCUGGUACUACGAGAAAGUGUGGCAAUCGUACCCGUACCUAUACCCGCGGGUGACGUUUGAAGAUAUAAAAGUGGCACCUAAUCUGUGGUAUACGAACGGGAUGGAGAGUUUUAUCUCGACGAUGGAGACGAGUUCGUUAGCUGGGAUGAAUGUUGCUGGGCUGAUAUUGUCUGAGUGGGUUUCAAAGUUUGAGACCAAGCUGAAGAAGUAUGAGGAUGGCGUUGGGAUUUAGAAUUUUUAAGUCUUUGGCCUGGCUCUGCUUUUUCUCAUCCUUUUUUUUUUUUUUUUUUCUAUUUUACUUUGGGUUCGGGAUUAUUUUGGGACGCGGGAGAAGGAAUGGCACUGGAGUGUUUUCCUUCGGUUUAUAAUAUCUUUCUUUGUUUUGGGGAGAAAGGGUCAUGCCUUCUGCUCCUUUUUUUUUGUAGUAUGUUGCCUUGCCGCCUUUACCCCAUCAUGGGUCGUCAUCCUUUGGUUAAACUGCGGAGUAUUCUUCCUAUUAUUAGAUCUCCGUUUAUGGUUCCACUUUCGCACGUUCUUGGCAUAAAAUUGGGCCAGUUAGCUAAAGAAAAGGCUUGAAAGCAUCAAUCAUUAUCGUUAGUUAUCGCUAACCACCGUUAUCGUGACCGUUGCCUGACCACAAGGACAAAGUCAAGAACAAAGCAAAAAAGCAGCCUGGCAAAAAGCCUCUCAGCCAAUAUAUACAAUUAUUAAUAUAUAAUAAUUC